AUGCACUGAAGCCUGCCUGUGAUGGAAAUGGAGGCUGAGAUAGAGGAGCUCCUGAGGGCCAGCUUCGGGGCCCCAAACAUCACAAAUUGCACAAGGGACCCAGGAGAGAGGCUCAGGGCCAGUCCAGUAACUGAGAGGAUGGUUGUGGUGGUCUUUCUCGCAGUGCUGACCCUCCUCACCACCCUGGUGAACGUGGGAGUCAUCACAGCCAUCUGCACCACCAGGAAGCUGCACCUGCCUGCCAACUACCUCAUCUGCUCCCUGGCCGUCACGGACUUCCUGGUGGCCGUGCUGGUGAUGCCCCUCAGCAUCCUGUACAUCGCCCGGGGGUCGUGGUCGCUGGGGUGGGUGGUGUGCGAGGCCUGGCUGAGCCUGGACAUGACCUGCUGCACCUGCUCCAUCCUGCACCUGUGCGUGAUCGCGCUGGACCGCUACUGGGCCAUCACCAAUGCCAUCGAGUACGCCCCCAAGAGGACCGCCCGGAGGGCCGCCGUCAUGGUGGCCGCCGUCUGGGCCCUGUCCGUCUUCAUCUCCGUCCCGCCCCUCUUCUGGAGGAGGAGCCGCAGCCCCGGGAGCCACGCCCGCUGCGUCAUCGAGCACGACCACAUUGGCUACACCGUCUACUCCACCUUCGGGGCCUUCUACAUCCCCAUGAGCCUCAUCCUCAUCCUGUACUACCGGAUCUACAGCACGGCCAAGACGCUGUACCAGAAGAGGGGCUCCAGCCGCCAUCUGAGCAGCCGAAGCACCGACAGCCAGAACUCGAUGGGCCACGGCCACUGCCGGGUGGCGCACACGUGCAUGUCCACCUCCGACCACGCCCUGGAGUUUGACCGGCUCAACGCGGCCGCCCGCCGCCUCUCCCUGGAGGGCGACCCGGAGGGGGCCUGCGAGAAGAGCCAGAUCUGCUCGGCCCGCGAGCGGAAGGCGGCCCGGGUGCUGGGGCUGAUCCUGGGGGCCUUCGUGCUGUGCUGGCUGCCCUUCUUCAUCAAGGAGCUCCUGGUGGGGCUGCGCCUCCUGCACCCGCCGCCCCCCGUGUCCGACCUCCUCACCUGGCUGGGCUACAUCAACUCGCUCAUCAACCCCCUGCUCUACACCAGCUUCAAUGAGGACUUCAAGUCCGCGUUUAAGAAACUGUUCAAGUGUAAGGAGCACAUGUAGAUCUUUUAAGAAACUGUUCAAGGGUAAGGAGCACAUUUAGAUCUGCUGGGAAACUGUGGUGAGACUCUGGACAGUUGGCAGUUGAUAAUGGACGUAUGCAGCUGCAUUCUACUCAAUAUUUUCAUAGACCGAGCUUUCUUUUUUCUUUCUAGAAAAAAGCAAAAACUGUUCUUUCUGCAGGGUGACACGUGAAUGCAGCUCUUAACAGUCAGGAAAGUAUUCUGCAUUGAGCUCAACAACAUUUUUUCUUUUUACAAACACACAAACACACAGUUACAAAUGCAUCCGAUUAAAAACAUUACAUCAAAUGUGUGAAAUUUCUGAGUUCUGGUGUAGCUUAUUAAUGCCACAAGAUGUUGCUUUUAACAGGAAAUCAUAUGAAUUGCCUCUACAUUGCUUUAGUGGAUAACAGGAAGGGGUCAUGCUAAUGGUUCUGAUAACCAUUAAAAUCUGGCUCAUAAUUCAUAUACUUUUAGUCAGUUAUAAUAACGUGUACUCUGCCAGUUAGCUUAAUAUAUCUCUUUGUAUGAUUUUUUACAAUUGUGAAAAUAAAGUUAAUGAAAGCAUUUGCAUAA